GGAGUUUUUGGCGGGAUUUCAUCGAGUGCACUUGGCGUCUUAUUUUAAUUAUUCUUAAAUUCGUUCAUAGUGGAUAUUGUGAAAUAAAAUUGGCUGUAUGGGCAUUGUUUCCUUUGCCUUCCCUAAAACGGGAGAACUUCAACAAAAAAAAAUUGACUGACAGUGACAAGACAGAACCGACUGAAUUUGCUCGUCAUUCAAUUCAGUUUCUUUUCUUUGACAAAGAUAGAUUACAAUUUCAUUUUAACAUAAACUGUAAAUUCAUAAAUUUAAAAAUGUUGAACGUGAGUGAUAAUUAUCCUGAAUAUGCCGUCCCUGGAGCUAAACAACAUCGUUUCGAACCGUACGCAGACAACGGAGGCAGCGUCGUUGCCAUCGCCGGUGAAGACUAUGCUGUUAUUGGAGCUGAUACGCGUCUCAGCACCGGGUUUUCUAUUUAUACGAGAGAACAGAAGAAGCUAUUUAAGCUGUCUGACCGAACUGUGCUAGGUGCUACUGGAUGUUGGUGUGAUACACUUACUCUUACACGCCUGCUCCAAGCUCGCAUGCAAAUGUAUGAGCACGAGCAUAACAAAUCAAUGUCCACUCCGGCGGUCGCUCAGAUGCUCUCAACUAUGCUGUACUACAAAAGAUUUUUCCCCUACUAUAUAUCCAAUGUUUUAGCAGGCUUAGAUGCUGAUGGCAAGGGCUGUGUGUAUAGUUAUGAUCCAAUUGGUCAUUGUGAGAGGUCCAACUACCGCGCUGGUGGAUCUGCAGGUGCUCAGUUACAACCAUUACUUGACAACCAAAUUGGUUUGAAGAACAUGCAGAAUGUAACAGAGGCACCAUUGCCAAGAGAAAAGGCACUCGCUCUUCUGAAAGAUGUUUUCAUUAGUGCAGCUGAGCGUGAUAUCUACACUGGUGACUGUAUCUAUAUUUUAAUUAUUACAGCAAAUGGUAUUCAAGAAGAGAAAUUUGAACUGCGCAAAGAUUAGUGUAUGGUUCAUUAAUAAAUUUUUAAUAAAGAAAUAUUUUUUUAUUAUAAUUCCUUUAGUUUGAAUAUUACCAAACUUCAAUAACUUUUCAACCUGAAUGAUGAUGUAUGUAUUUGAUUAAAAUAAUACUAGCUAACAAAGAACUAAAUUUAAUUUUUAAAAUAAUAAUCACAAGGUAACUACAAUAUAACUUAUACAUUUUUGUUCAUAUUUACAAUAAUUGUCAUAGUAGAUUAACACUUUAUACAAUUUAUUUAUUGUACUUAGGCAUAACAAAUAUAUUCUGAGGAAAAAUUUUAUCAAACAUUUCUCUGACUACUUCUUGACUGGCAUUAUCACCAAUGACUGUGGCCUGCAGUCUAGGUGGAGUGGUGUUCCCUGUAAGGAGGGGGUGGAUAUUGUAGCAUAAUUCUACGCAGUCAUUAGGAGGCACAGUCACUGACAGUUUUUUAUAACCAGAGAACAUAUAGAAGUCUGUCCCUUCUACUGUAAGAUUCAGCCUAACAGGAGUAUUAGAUUUGCCAAUUAAAGUGCACUUUAGAGGAACAGAUGUUUGGACCUCCACUACUUCAGGAUAAUUGACUUCAAUAGCUAUUGGACAUUCGUCUAUUGGUAAUGCUGAAAGAGCCGUGCUGCUCAUCACACACUGCCCUUUUGAAUUAGAUUUUCGUUUCCAUUUGAUAUUAUAAAGACCAACCCUUGUGGGAAUAUCUUUAGUUUUGUAUUUUGCUUGAAUACAAAUGGCAUCUGAGGCAAUGUUUUUCUCUGCUACUUCCAAAUUACUGAUACAAGAUUGUGGUUUUGUAUUAUCAGAGUAUACAAAACAAUCUACCAUCUCUAGUUCUGUGUCUACAAUCAUCAAGUCCCAUGGGCUCAAUAUUUUAAUCUGCGGCAUUACUAUGAAGGGAUCAUCCACAAAACACUUAGAAAUUGCCUUAAAGUUCAUAGCAACAAAAUUUGUGGAAACUUCAAAUGGCUUUAUGACUGUUAUUUUAGUAGUAAAAUCUUUGACACAUUCCAGCUUAGAUAUUUCAGGGAGGUCUAUGAAAUAGGAUACCUUAAUUUGAACUGUGGCAGUAGCUGUUCUGUUUGUUUUCAAGUAAAAUGAUAUUGAAUUCUCAGAAGAUUUAUCAAUGGCUCCAACAUUUAUAAUGAUUGGCUGAGGUUGUGACUCACCUUCCUUAAGACUCAACUCUGUCACUGACUCAGGGUUUGGAUUGUCUGGUGAGCUUAAUAAUGAUAAUGUGAAUCUGACAUCAUAUACAGGUCUGUCUUCAUUAUUUGUAAUAGUGAAUGUUGUGGGAAACCACUCACCCUGAAGGGCAGGACUACAGUUUUUUAUGUCAAUGGAAAGUUUACACUCCCUAGAUGUUACAGAAACCACAGUUAAAGGCACAAUACAAUCAAACUCAAAGUCAGCCUUAGGACUUAAUAUGAAAUGCAGUAGUUCAGGAUGAAUAGUUGAAUCCAACAUUUUAUUAUCUUCUAUUUUAAAAUUCAUAACAAUCUUCCUCUUUUUGUCAGAGCCCAUGAUAAAAGAAAUAUUCUUGAUAUGUAUCUCUGAACCAUUGUCAUGGGGAUUUGGUUUAAACUGACAUAAAAAUCUUUUCACUUUGGAACUUUCCAAGGAUAUUAGGCUGUUCCCAUUUUGAGUAAUAGGAAUUUCAAUUGUUUCCGAGGCACUGGAUAUUGUUAAGAAAGCUUUAACUGCCUCCAAAACUGUUUUAUAUGUUAAUCUUACAUAUAUUUCAACUUCAACAAUUUCAUCCAUCCUGUAGCGUUGCUGUUUGAAUUUGGGUUUGACUUCUAGAAAGCUAGAUAUAUUUACCAUAUCAACAUUUAGUACAACUGGCUCUUUUUCUAUUGCUGUUUGCCAAAACUCUACAGCUUUGUUUUGUGAGUGAACUGGAACAUCUGGCUCUGAUUCAGGUAACUUCAUAUCAAGGAUUGCCAUGAUGUUUCUGAAAAUCCUGUCCUUAUCAUUAUUUGGCACUUGAAUAUGUUUGGACAGUCCUUCAAUUGAUAGCUGCACAUAGUCUUGUAUUUUAGCAGAUAAGUAAGCACAUUGUAGAGCUCUAUUUAAUACAUGAGAUGCUAAGAACCACCAUUUCUCUCUCCUAUAAUCCCACAGCAUAUGACUAAGCAAAGUGAGUGCUUUGCCAUAAUCUGCUGAAUAAUAAUACUCAUUAGCCAUCUCGACUACCAGCUGUUUUCUCAUCCUUGGUGAGUGGAAUGUUUUGAAUUGGGAAAUAGCACAGCCUAAGAAACUAAUUAUCAUUGCUGAGUGGUUGAACAUUCUUUCAUUAUAUUGAAGGGCUAGAACUGCAGCCUGUUCUUUCUGUGGAUCAUGUGGGUCAGCACUAAGGCGACCUGGCCUCCAUGCUCUCUGACCAUAAUACUCCACAAUACCUUCUAAAGGAUCUGGAGGUGGAGGAUACUGUGCAGCUUCACUGCAGACUGAUCGCAUAGCCUGCCUCCUCUUCACUGUAAACUGUGCAGCAUGUUGAUAGUAGAAUCCAGGAUGCUGUGUCUGAAUUCCAGGAAGGCCUGCUCUAAUUGCUUCAUCAAAAAGCUCUCCAAAGGCACUGUACUGACGUGCAAUCCAAGCAUAAUGUUCAAAUAAUAAUUCUGUAGAUCCUAUUCUAUUUUUAUAUCUUUCAAUGUGAGACUUCAGCUGAGCUAUGCCGUCUCUGGGUAGGUUGAGAGCAAACAAUAACUUGCAUAGUUUGUAAUUAAUAUAUCCAGCAACAGUUCUCACUUCAUGCAUGUUGGUGUCCACAGUGCGAGUCUCUAACAGGUUGUUGUAUGCAUGCAUAUAAUGUUUGUGAGCUGUACUAAGAUCUUGCUUUAAUUCAUUAAGGAACCCAAGUUUAAACUGAUGUCUCACAAAUAAAUAUUGAUGUGUAGUCUUAUUUAGAUGGUCUCUGUGCUGUUUGAUGUUUUUGGUUUCAUGAUGAUAAUAGUUUUGAGCAAUAUCAUAGAAAGCAUUCUCCAAUCGAAUAAUAUAACCCAUGAGGUGGUCACCGUGAGGAAGCACAAACAAUGAUUUAGACUGAAUUUCACAAGCAGCACACAGUGCUUGCGCUCUUUCGGCGCCCAGCAUGUACUCGGAGGGCGGCGGCGACUGGCCGCCCUGGAUCACCACCACGGCGACGCGGGUCGCGUGCCCCUCUACAGCAGCACGAAUGGACUGCACCUUUGAUGCACAUUCUAUUAUUUUCUCGUUCCAUUGGAGAUCAUUCCAUUCCAUAUCAUAAAACAACACAACGACUGCAGGAAUCAAAGAGAUCCGUUUCUGAAUCCAAUUCUUUUUGAGGAUACCUUUAGGAAUGUACCAUUCGUAGGAGUUUCUCUUCGGUUUCACAACUGGGAAUUCGAAGGUAUUAUUCAGUAGCUUAAAUCGUACCGCAGCGCGAUCUGGCCGUCUGUUGUUUGCAAAAGCAUCCCAUAUUUCUUUAUGCACUGCAUUAUUCACAGCGUCUAAUCCUGAGAGUCCGAUUAGCGCCAGUGGUUUCAGUAUUAUUUCAGGCGGAAAAUCCGUGGAAUCACUUGGCUGCGUAGCCAUAUCUGUAGUAGAUUAUAGAUUAGAAUUUUAACUACUAUUCUAUACCUUACCCUACAAACGAGAAAUAAUUAACAUUUUCUCAAUUUUUUAUUUUCCCAAUUCCAACACCCCCCUUCGAUUCGACUACAUCAAAAACGUCAUUUCAUUCAUCUGACACACAGCUCUGACAGUUAAGCAUGUACUAUACAGAUUUUUUUUUGGUUUAAGGCUGUUUCCGUGUUAAACCCCUUCCACACGACACAAUUUGAUUGCCAAUCUGAUUGCCGAUUGAAUUGGGUACAAUCUGUUCGUCCGUCUACACAUACACAACAAGAUCGCUAAUUUCAGUUUUAUUUGUUGCCACUGCUGAACGGACUUGUUUGUAUUAGGAUGCCUCUUACCAAGAAGCAAAAAAUUGGAUUAAUGAUUAAACUGUACGAGCUAGCUUCGUACAAUGC